AUGGAUUUUGAAGAAGGAAAAAUACCUCCAGAUGAGCCAGCAGUUCUUCCUCCAUUGCCUUUGAUUCCUAAAAGUGAAAGGCGCAGGUCCCUAUAUGGAACACCUCAAUCUCAAUCAUUCAAGAGGCCUGAUUACAGGGGGGACUGGGACCGCGAGCGGGAUAGAGAUUUUGAACUCAUGCCUCCUCCGGGAAGUCAUAGAAGGGACUUUGCUGCCCCAGAUGUUGAUCAACCCAUUGAUCCAGAUGAACCCACCUAUUGUGUCUGUCAUCAGGUGUCAUUUGGAGACAUGAUUGCCUGUGACAACGAAAAUUGCCAAGGAGGUGAAUGGUUCCAUUACUCGUGCGUUGGGCUGACACCAGAGACAAGAUUCAAGGGGAAGUGGUAUUGUCCAACCUGCAGGCAACUUCCACAGUGACAAAAAUGGCAUGCAUACACUUACAGUACAUGUGAUGGUGGAGGCAAUGGAGGGAUGAUCGUUUGUUUUGCCUUGAUUAGGUCAUUCUAGAGUUUAAGAUUAUGCAUCCGUCUCUUUCUUCCCAAAAUAAAGAGAAGAAAGAACCCCUGAGCGGAAGAACAGUCGAAUUUUGUAAAAUGCUUGUUCUACUCCUCCUCCUUCCGUGGAUGGGAAUUUAGCAAGGACAGUUUAUAGUUGGCAGUGUAAUGGAAUGGAAGAAACACCAAUGAGUCCUGGAAGAACUUUGGCUGUCUUCUUAUCCACCGUUACUUCAUUCAUGUUUUUUU